GUCAUUUCCGUUCUGAACUUGCGAUGACAGGUCCAACGUCGGGAGGCCCUUUCGCAAACAGCAGGAUGACGAUGACCUAGCCUGCUGACUUGUCCAACAACAAGAAGCUUUGGAUGAAGAACUUCAAAUGUUGGUGGACUCGCCUUACUCAUCUAGGUCAAAUUGUAACACCGCAAGGUAUGGAACAUACUAAAUGUUAGUUUAUGACGCGACAUCAGAAUGGAACCCAGAAAUGCUUUCACAUCCUUAAAGACCCAGUGAUGAAAUUUGUGUUUGAAGUUUGACUACUGCUAUGGAAAGAAGAGAUGGUGUUGAGUCAGUCAGCAUGAUCAACGCAAUUAGUGACGGGUUCAACGUGCUCGCAGAGGAUGAAGGGCGGGGCUUCCGAGGUGAUGGACAGAACAUCCUACAUCAGGGGUCAGUCCAAUUGCCCCCGGAGUACCAGAACACAUGGAAGGACACUUCACAGAUAAGCUAUAAUCACACCUCAAAUGGAGGAAUGCAAUAUGGCAUGCAUGCAUGGAACAACGGAUACGAGAAGAAAGAUAUAACCUCGCAAAUGUUCAGAAUGGACAAUGGCAGUUCAGUAUCUCAAAAUGAUAUUCCACAAGCAGUGCUUAAUAUAAAGGAGGAGGAUCUAGCUGUUCAUGAUUUCACUAAAAUGAAGGAUUAUAAUGAAACACCAGCAAAAGAUCCACCUCAAUAUCAACAAUGGCCAAGACAGUUUGACAAUAAUUAUAAUUUAAUGAAUCAUACCAAUGGUAACUCAAUGAAACCUUCUCUCCCCGAUAGUCAUUCCACAGCCAGUAGUACCUUUCCUGCACAGGAAUCCAUCAACUCGUCUCCCGAACAAAAACCUGUAGGAUCAUAUACUGCUCCCUAUGUACAGAUUAAACAAGAAAAUUCCAGCAACCUCAAUAAUGUACAUUGUAACCAAAAUGGUGAUCAGAAAGGACAACCCUGGCCAGGAAACGGAGUUGAUACAAAACUUAAUGUGUCAUCUGGAGAUUCUUACACUAUGCAACGAGAAAUUUAUCUCAGGGAUAGCUAUUCUGUGAUACCACAAACAUGUGCCUCCCCUGUAGCACUGAAGAGGGAACCAUGUGACUUGAGUGGUAAAAAUGACUGUUACCAACCUUCAGUGGCUAAGUAUCCCCGUACGGAUGUUACAUCAUCAACUUUGGUUGAAAAUGGAGAAACCUCGCCGCCACCAGGGUCUCAAAAAAUGAUUUCCCUUCAGCCUGUCAAACUAGAGCCAACCCUCCUUAGCAUUCCUGGAGAUCACAAUAUGAACAUGAACCAACAUUAUCCUGGCCAUGUUCCUUACAAGUAUAAUGACAAGCCAGGAAAUUACAAUGGAACACGUGUAGAUGGAUCUUACGGACAGGGAAUGGAAGAACCAGAAAGAAACUGUCUUGGGAAGUCAGUAUCUGCAUCUCUGAUGUCCCUGCAUGAUUUUGCCUAUGCCUGGAACCCAGGAAAUGAACCAUACACAGCUAUGGUAGGUUACAGGGCCACCAUUAACCACCCCAGUCUUUCUGUAGAGCUCAGUAACACUGCAGCUACCAACACCUAUAGUGAUAAUACUCAGAUAACGCCAAACAUGGUCAGUAAGAACUGUGAUACUACAAUGAAUUACUCGAAACACAGAGGAAAUGGUCUGGAUGAAUCCCUAUGUAGUAAUGAAAAUUAUGCAACCUUGUGCAAUUUAGAUCAAAGCACAAGCAGUUCUUUCCAAAGUAACGAUGGAUUUGAUUCGAGUAGCUACAGCGUAGGAAACUCCGUUCAGAAUGACGCAGACAUGGAUGACAGUUUUGGCAAACCAUUUAGGAACGUGGAGUCGGAAUACAAUCAGGAUGAAAAUGGAGAAGAAGAUAACUGCCAGAAGCUUAUGUGUCGUUGCGGAAUAUGCGGAGACACAUUUGACACGAGCAUCAGCCUCAGAGCUCAUGUCCGUAUGCACACAGAAAGUAUAGCACUCCAAUGUGAAAUUUGCAAUAAGAAAUUCAAAAACAAAGUUGAACUCAGAACACAUUGUGAAAAUCAUGAUGAGGAAAAGGUUUUGGCCUGUGAUGUCUGCGACAAAACCUUCGAAAAGAAAAGAUGCCUAAAGUCUCACAUGCGUACACAUUCAGGUGAGAAGAAGAAACUGCACAAAUGCGAGGUUUGCGGCCGCCAGUACGGCACACUUCAGGGUUACCUUGUUCACAAGGACUCGCAUGGCAUUGACACACCUCACGAAUGCUCAACAUGCGGAAAGAUAUUUGGACAUGAAGAUCUUCUGUCAUUCCAUAUGAAAACUCACACAGACAUUUUCACAUUCAUGUGUCACGUCUGUGACAAGAAGUUUGGAAACAACCGUGAACUACAGAAACAUCUUAGCAAACACACUGGUCUACUGCCCUUCCAGUGUAGUACAUGUAAUGAUUCAUUCUGCGAUGAUUAUACCCUUCAAAUGCACAUUUCCGAACACACUGGAGAAAGUUUCCACAUCUGUGAAGUUUGUGGGAAAUCGUACAAAGAUAUAUUAGCCAUGAAGGAGCAUCAGAAAAGUCACUCAGAGGAAAAACCAUUUAUCUGCGAGAUUUGCUGUAAGGGGUUCAAAUCAAAGACAAAUUUACAUGAACAUUAUCGAAUUCAUUCGGGGGAGAAGCCCUUUGAAUGUCAUGUCUGUGGGAAGCGGUUUCGUCAGAGCUCCAUCCUGAGAAACCAUGUUCGAAUUCACACCGGGGAGACGCCCUGGGAGUGUAACGAGUGUGGAAAGAAGUUCAGCUUUAAGGGUAAUUACACUCGUCACCUUUGGUCUCACACAGAGGAAAAGGAACGUACAUGUCGCGUCUGUGGAAAGAUAUUCACUGACAUGAUAGGAUUGAAGCAACAUCUGGAACGGCACACCCGUCAAUCAAACCAGAAGCCAAAGUCCUUCAAGUGUAAUAUCUGCGACAAUGAAUUUGACCGAAGUCGUACCCUGCAGAUGCACAUGAAAGUGCAUACAGGGGACUGUCCAUUCACCUGUGACAUCUGUGAGAAGACCUUCGUCUCCAAGAUUGAUCUCAACAAGCAUGUCAAACUGCAUGAUGACGAAAAGAGUUUUCGCUGUGAUGUAUGUGACAAGUCAUAUGUGGACAACGGCAGACUGCGACGUCAUAUGAAGAUUCACAUGGGCCUAAAACCAUUCAAGUGUGACGUCUGCUCUUCGACCUUCACGGAGAAGUAUCACCUGACAAAGCACCAGAAGACUCACCAGAAGGACACAGAGGACAAAUGAACAGUACCCUGUUAAUUAUAAGAUAUUUAUUUUUGUGUUAUUUAUCAGGAAGUAACCUGCACAUUAAAGGCCUUGUGUUCAUUCACAAGUAGAUAAUAUAUAACAAGUAAAAUCAUCCAGCUCAUUUAGAUUAAAAAAAACAUUUAGCAACUUUAAAUUCUUUUGCAAGUAUCAUUUGAAGCUCAAUCUUCAAAUAAGUACAGUGUAUUCACAAAGAGAUUUUUGUACUUCAACUGAAUGUUCAAAUUAUUUUGUCUAAUGUAAAAAAAGAUAUUCUAACUUAACAUGAACACUGUUUGUGGCAAUCAAUUUUUUGUGAUGCAUGUGUUCAGAAAUUUAAUAUCAUUUAAUAAAAUGAGAAUCUUUUCAAUCAUGUUUCAUGAUGAUAAUUCUAUAAAGCCUAAAUCCCGUAAUAUAAGUAUACUGUAUACAGGCUAUAGAUUGAGGUAUCUAAGUUUUUAUAGGGAGAUUAUGCUUUUUUGUUAGGUUCCAUUCCGUGAUCUCUAUAAUGUUACAUGUACCUGAGAUACUGAUAACAAAUUUAAGAACCUAGAAUGAUGAGUGGUCUGUAGAAGUAAUUUUUAUACAUACUAACAUUUGAAUGCUUUUGAGUUUCUUUUUAAUGUGUUUGGUUUGGGUAAGGAUCUAUAUAUGUAGUCUUAUUGUACCUUAAUAAUUGUACAGGCAAUAAAGAUGAGAUAUUUUUAUUGUUUUGUAAUGAACAAUACUUGUUUUGAUACCUAGUGUGUGCUGGUUUAAGUAUUAAUGUUGAAUCAUUGUCCUGUGGUUUCUUGGUUUCAUUUAAAUGUAAUCAAAUUUUAUUUCAUCGAGCACACUUUCCCAGAGAGUCAUACAUAAAGAGGGGUCUCUAUAGGAUUUCAAUAAUAACUAUGUUUACUCGGCUUAUAAACUGGGAAUAUAUGGAAUGCGAAUGUAUGUGACUGUUACUUGAUACUGAGUGUGUUGCUGAAACGGUAUGAAGUGAUCAUGAUUAAGAAUAAGUUUUAUUUUGGGAUGAUGGAGAUCAAUGUAUUGAUUGCUGAAAAGUGUUGGUUGAUGCAUGUACCAUAUUUAUCCAACAAUAAGCCUAUGCCUGGUAAUAAACCUGUGCAUGAAUUGUGGUUCAGUGAAAAUUGCGAAGAGACACUGUUUCUUAAUACUGCAAUAAGCCCACCCCCUACAUCCGAGUCAAAGUUGAGGUGUCGGGUUCCCUGGGCUUAUUACAGGAUAAAUAUGGUAGAUGUGGUAGUUAUCUUAUGUAUACUUAUCUCUGUAGUGGUGCCCGAAGAAUAUAAUAUAUCAUGUUUCCCUAAUUUCAGCUGUCUUGUUUGAAAGGAUAUGCAAGAAAGAGGUUAACAUAAUGAUUAAUAGUUAAUGUAAAUGAGAGCAGGUCUCGGGUGUCGUUUGUUUACCCAAUAAGAUGUUAAACAUAUUUACUUUUUUAACGAGCACCUAAUGUUCAGCAAGAGUGAAAUGCAGGUUGAGAGUGUUGCGGUCAGACAUGUUUAUACCAACACUGGAUAGCAUUACUCAAACGAGAAGGCUUGAGCAGGAUAAGAGGUAUCAGGGGUAUGAUGGAAUGAUGGUGGAGGCGUAACACUUAAAGUUAUGGCUAGGGUAGUUAGUUAUGAAUAGUUUCUCUCAUCACUGUUAGGAGCCCAUGUAGUCAUGAAGGAGAGCUUGUACAAGGGAACAAAAGAUGAUGAUGAUGAUGAAUGAAUAUGAUGAUGAUGAUGAUUUUAUGCAAACACAGACACAGAAUGAUAUGAUGUGUGUCUCCAUCCUUGCCUUAACAAAAAUGCAAAUUUUUGUAAUCAUUUUUAAAUUUUUGACUGUUAUAUUUAUUGCCAAGUUAUGGCACAAUUAUUAACGAUCAUAGUGUAUUAAUUGUCACGCGUACCAUUGUAUCUUCAGUCUGGGCGGUGCGUCAUAUUAAUAUAUAGUUAACACAUUGUGGAAAUAUAAAACUUUCACAUGAGAUUUCUAUAUUGCUAUGUAUUUCGUAGUUAUGAAAUGGCAUAUAUGGUUUAUAUAUUACAGUAAUUUAUUUCCUGUUGGUGUUAUUUGUUAAAUCAUUCAGAUUUGUAUUAUAAUCGAAAUUCUGUGUUCAAUCCUGUAUCUUAAGUAGUGAAUGUUGAUUUGUCAUUACAGAACAUUCCACUUAAUAUCAAGUGUCAGAGGAAAAUGUGUUCUUGGAUUGAUAAAAAAACUGUUUUACUUCCAAAAACAAAUGAUAAAAAUAUUGUUUUUUCCUGUCGAAACAAACAUUUACUAUGAAUUAGAGUUUGUGUCUGUUUUAACAGCUUAAGAAAUCAAAAUUUAAAUUUUACAUUUGAAUUGUCUUUGUCAUAUGGUAGUACAGUAAAAGGUUUUUUUGUUUUUUUUAUUAUUAUUUGAAAAAGAGAGGAACAAUAUCAUCUUCAAAAUAACAAGCUUAAUGAUAACAAAGUCACUAUAGACGUAUAAAUCAGUCUGUAUAUACUUACUACAUAGAACAAUCUUAACACAGUAACUGGGGACACAGGUGACAUUAAGUGGAAUCCACUGUACGACAGAGUGAUACUAUUAUAGAAUGUUGUACAUCGUGAUAUAAGACCUCUCGUUUAAGCUACUCGUGCUGCCUUAUCACUUUAUUAAAUAUGUAAUGUCUGAACAACACCAUCCAAACUGUUGUAUUUUACAACAGAGUGCAGUAAAAGAGUUUUAAUAGUUUCCGAGAAUAUUUGCCCAUAUAAGUUAUCUGCCCUUACUGUGGAAGAGUUUUUUUCCUUAUACAUUUGUAUAAAUUUGGUCCUUUCCAUAAAACUGUCCGACUUCUUGGUGAAUAUAUUCAUUGGUCCCCACCUGGAGAACUGUCCAGUUUCAUCAGUGGCAGACUCCCAAAAGUUGUCUGCCCUUAUCUGGGUGAAUAAUAUCUAGUUUUCUGUUCUUUUAGAACUACACAGUUACUAGUUAUUGGCCGUUUCCAGAGCUGUCUCCUUGCCAAAUGGUCUAGCUAUGUGUUAAUUGAAAUCAACUCUUUAUCCUGUUUGGGGUAUUAAAUUACCUUCAAUGUUAAAACUGAUUUGCAGAUUUUAUUUGCGAAUCAGUCAGGAAGUAGGGGAUAUAUCGUUCCUAGUCUAAUCCUCCAAUAGGACAUGUCUUAUGAAAAUGACGAUAGGUUGAUUAGUCAUUGGUAAGCCUGAAUUCUUCUGUAUAAAGGGGAGAUAACUUGUGUGUACUCGGAGUCCAUUAAGACAAUCUUUACUGUCAUGUUUUUUUCAUUACCGAAUCAUAUGAUUAAUUACUUACACUUGUCUUUCAUAAACUGUUCAUUAUUGAGUCUUACAUUUUAUGUACCAUCAGGUUAAGGUUUUUUUUUUUUUUUUUUCAUGGAUGAAUCUUUUAAAGAUUAAAUAAUAGAAAAGGAAAUGUAAUGAAGUCCAAAUUUUGCAGGAUCAGUUGAUGAAAUAACUGAUAAGACUUAACAUCUUGAAGUCAAUAGUGAACAUCACGUUAAUAAAUGAAAUUUAUUGAAAUGUUCAAUUCUUUGUCAACCGUUUUUGAAAAAUAUUGAACAAUAUUACGGUUAUGAAUGAUUUUUUGAAGUAUUAAACUAUUUUAUACAUUAUACAGUUAUAAACUAAGAUGUUAUUAUUUUGAAGUUCCAUCUUUGUAAAUCACUAUGCACUUUUGAAAUGUUGUUAUACUGGUGUUGAUAUGUGAUAAUGAUUAUGUCCACACACACACACAGUUAAUGGGAGGUUAUUUCUAUGGAGUCCUGUGUGGCCUCUUUGAUAAUAAACUAAAAGUUGAAGUGAUGUUUUGAUAUAAUUAGUGAAGGUGGAUUGUGAUACUGUAUAUGAGGAACUUUUAAUCGAGGUAUAAUUUCCACAUUUUCCCUGUUCCAAAUAAUUACUGUAACCAGUUACAAUGAUUUCUAUGUAAGGGAUUAAAUCAAAACCAAGCUUUACAGGAAGAUAUUGAUCACGAGUAACAGGACAAACAUUUCCUUGUGUGAAGUAGUUACAAACAUCAGUACUAGGCCAUGAUUAAAGACUACAUAUAGGUUUUAUAUAUGGCCGAGUUUCUUAGUUUUAACAUCUCAGAUCCUUUUUGAGUCGGAUAAACAUUCCCUUAGGAGAAGUUUAAAUUUUACAACCAGAUGCUUCAUAUCCAUCUUAAAUUGUGUUAAUGCUGGGACAAGAAUUUUGAAAGUUUUCUUUUUUGUAGUUUGUUGAUGUUAUGAAAUAGAUGUUUGGGAUGCAUGGCUUUUGAUCUGUGGAAUUCAUUGGACUUCAAUGGUUUGUCUUGAGUGUGUGGGGUGUUUUUUGCAAUGUUACAAACAAACAAAAUGCAAUCAUAGAAAUGACUGAUCAAUGUAAUUUUUUAUUAGUACAUCGAGUUGUUUGACAGAAAAUGAAUGCAACUCUCAUAGAUCUUAAAUAAGGUAAUUCGUGAAAUGUAUUUAAAAGUACGAUUUAAAAUAAUAGUUAGCCUUCGAUACUGGUACAUGUUUGUCGGGGAAAAAAUUGUGGUAGAAUAUACUAAAUGUGAUUAAUACAUGAUUGAAUAUGUAUCUUAUCUCUUGAGGGUCCAUUUUCCAUAAAAAGUUCUUUAAUUUUCCUUAGAGAUAAUAAUACAAUGAUGGCUAUCAAUUCUAAUAGAUUGCAGAUUGAUUGAAGCAUACAUCUGUGACUAAAGACACUCCCAUUACCUGUUUACACCUAUGCCUUGCACAGCAUGUGCUAAUUUAAUACUCAUUAUAUCAAAGGUUUGAAAACCUGUAGUUGUUUGUUUACAUACAUAUUCAGUACUGUUUGAAUUUCCAUUUAAGUUUGCAUAUUUUCAAUAUUCAUUAAGAGUUUGAAUAAUCAAUGUUUAUUCAUUACAUUGAUGUAUGAAUAUACAUCCAUGUUUAAGUAUUCAUUGAAGUUUGAAGAUUCAUUGAUGUUUGAUAUGAAUUGUUUCCCAUAUAAAUCAUGUAUUUAUUUUUUCAUCUGUGUGUUAAAAUUUAUAUCCACUUACACUGUUAUCAUAUAUAGUAGUUCUUGUUAUUGGUGGAAAAUUAGUCAUAUUUUAUUUUAUAAUAAUCCUAAUUCAUACAAGGUGUUUGGCCGUGUUUUUAUUCUGCCUGGGGUUUUGUGCAUGUGAGAGUUUAUUUAUGAUGUAGAGUUUUUACUAUAUGUCAAUUUCAUGUAUUUUUUUCAUGGUUUUUUUUUUACUUCCAUUUUAUGUGUUACAUGCAUCACUGUGAUGCACUCGAUGUUUAGAGUUUUAUUGUUAAUCCAUUAAGUUACAUACAUAGGCAGAAAAUUUCACAGUCUCAUUCAUAUAAAUGACCUGAUGGUGUAAACAAAAACAAACAGGAUCCAUUGGUGUUUGAUUAUAAUUUUGUUCUCAUAAGUAUAAUAGAAUUUAUCCAAAAACCUGCUCAAUGUUUCUGCUUCACAGUAAAAAAAAAAAAAAAUAGAAUAAAAAAAUUUAAAAACAAAAAUACAAACCAAAAAAAAACCUACAAAAAAUGUCAGAAACUUUGACGUAGAUAUUUUGAAAAGGAAUGAUUGUUUAAAUUACAUCAUGUGAAAUUGUUUGGUCCAGGUUUUUUCCGUACGACUUAUUUAAAUAUAUGAGGACAUUCUCUUACAAAAAUGUAAAAAAAAAAAACACCACCAACUUCUACACCAGCUAUUUUUGCUCAUUAAACUUGAACAUUUUAGUUUAUUUGAUAAUUUUGUAUUUAUUUAACAUCAAUAUUAAUUUCAGGUUCCUUAGUGCAGUAUAUUAAAUGAUAAAAGUAUAGAACAUAUACAUUGAAUUAAAGAUAUACAGGAUCAUUCUUUAAAAUACCUGGAAUUGUUUUUAACUUUGCUAUGAAUUGAAAUUAGGGCAUCUGUUUUCAAGUAAUGCUGCCAACAUUGUGUGAUUUACUAAACAAUUCACAUCAAUGAGACAGAUUAUUUAAUCAUCAGAAGAGAACAAAUUACUUGCUAUUUUGAUAUCUCAGAUUUGAAGUAAAAGAUUAUUGUGAUACAUAGGUCAAUAUGUUAAAGCUGGGUGAUAGUAUUGUAUGACAGAAGAGGUUGUCUGAAUUUCCUUUUCUGUUCAUUUCACAUGGUUUUAAGUUGAACUUGUUCCUAGAAAGGUCUUUGACAGCAGAUGAGGUUUGUCACAUGUUCUUCUCAACCUCCAUUCCUGUUUCAGGCAGCUAAAAUUGAUUACCAUUGAUUAAUUCAUUUAAUGAAUUGAUUUUCUCAAAUUAUUCAAUUAAUUUUUCCAUAUAGAUGAAGUAUCAUUCUUCAAUUGAUUGAUUUUUCUGUAAUUUACUAAAUAUGAUUUAUGUUGAUAAUUUAAUUUUUUUUAAACAAUUCAUUGAAUGAAUUAAUUGGUUUAUUUUAGAUUGAUGAAGUACUGUUAGAUUUGUUUUACAAUAAUUUCAUUUCAUCUCCAUUUUGAUUUCCAUUGUAAUUUAAUGAAUGUAAUUAAGUAGGCUUGGAUGCUGGAUAGUAGAUUGGGUGUGGGUUUAUUGUGUAAUUAGUCCUGAAUCAUUUAUAUCAUUUUGUACCUAAAGAUUUGUAGAGAAGGAAAUCAUUCAUAUCUUGAAAAGAUCAAUAAUAGGCAAAAUUUCUUCAGAUGUUUGUUUUUUUUAAAAGGGGAAAAAAAAAGAAAAAGAAAAUCAUGCUUUUCAAUUGAAAGAUUUGGUUACUACACUUGUGAAACUAGAUAUGUUCUUGUGAUAUUUGAGAGUUCAUUUUAGAUCAAACAACACACUAAUGUAGCUAUAUACUGUAUAAUUGACAUGGAAGCAAUACAUUAUUUACUAUAACCAUAUUUGUGUACAAACCUAAGUAAUCGGUCAUUAGUUGUUCCAAGGAAGGUUACUGGUCCAACUGUGUGUAGUAGGGAGGUUUAUCAGACAAGGUUCAUCAGAAAGAUAGGUGGUUGCUGGUAUUCUGAUGUUUUCAUGUUAAAAAGAGUUACCUCCACUGCUGCAAACAGUUUAGCUUUAAAUUAUUGGGGAAUGUGAAUGAUUCAAAGUAUUUGGUUACUGCUUAUAAAGGGAUUAAUACUGUGAUUAAAAACAGCUCUCACAGUCAAAAAAGAACUCAAUAUCUGUUCUUAAACACGAAAUGGAAAAUUUUAUUUUUACUACAAGAUUGAUCAAGUAUUGAACAGAUUUACUAUCAGAUCAUUAAAAGUUCACUUGAUUAAAGAAAUUUUUGGAACUCUAGAAAAAUAUCUUGUUGCAUGUUGUAGAUAGGAUCAGAAAUAUGAAUUCGAGGUAAAAUAUUCUAGUCAUAUAUUGACUGUGUUAACAAGAAAACAUUUCAGUUUUUAAACUCCAGAUAUAAUUUUAUAUUGCUUGUUGGUUUUCUACAUUUUAAUAUUAUAGAAAGAUUUUUUUAUUGUAUUAUAGACCUAUCUAGAAAAGAUGCAUCACUGUUUCUUCAUAUACAUGUGUACAUAGUGUUUCAUUGAAUUAACCCAGUUUCCAUAGAGUUGAUAUUUCCUAUAAUGAUUUAUAUAAUGUUGAUUUGAUAGCGGAAAGUUAACCCAAUGCUCAUAGUAUUAAUUGAUCCUGUUACCUGUAUAAAAACCAAUUAUGUACAGUUUGGAGAGCCCUCCUUGUUACCUACGUUUUUUCUAUGGGGGAUGUCUUGUGUACAUGUGUACGUUAUUCCACUGAAAUGAGAUGUACAUUUAUUGAUAAAACUGUUUUGAGUGAGUUGAAUGCAACAUAUACAAAACCAUUUUAUGUAUACUAUUAAAGUUACAUAUAGUGAUCA